CAACAGCCACUACGAGCUGUGCACCAGGUCCUGUGAUUUCACCUGCGCUAGCUUGUCCGCCCCUGCCCAGUGCACCGGGAAGUGCUUUGAGGGCUGCCAGUGUGACGCCGGCUCCAUGUUCGAUGGGGAGGAGUGCGUGUCCAUGGACAGGUGUGGCUGCAUGCACAGUGGACGUUACAUCAAGUCCCGGGAGAGUGUCAUUUCCAGUGACUGCUCAGAGAAAUGCACUUGCCACCCAUCAGGGGGGCUUAUCUGUGAGAAAACCAGCUGCCUCGCGGAUGAGAUCUGUGUCCUCAGGGAUGGGAUGCAUGGCUGCGUGAAGCAGGAAGGCCGGUGCAUAAUCUCUCCAGAGUCCCUGCUGUAUCCCUACGGCCCAGCCCAGAGUGACCGGCAGAAUCCCAAAGAUGACGACGGGGCGUCACCGGAGAUCCCCAUCUCCAUGAGCUUCACCUUUUAUGGCAAGGACCAUCACUUCCUCUAUGUGAACAAUAAUGGCGUGGUGUCCUUCGGCGUGACCGUUUCCCAGUACACCCCCGACCCCUUCCCCUUGGCUGAUGGCCGCCCCUUUGUGGCCCCCUACUGGGGUGAUGUGAGCAAUAUACUGGGUGGGGACGUCUACUACCGGGAGAGCCAGGACCCUGGGCUGCUGCGUCGCCUCACCAGAGACAUGAACCAGUACUUCCCAGCAAUCCCUUUCACAGCCACGUGGGCCUUUGUGGCCACCUGGGACCGCGUGGCCUACUACGGCUCCACCUCCCAGAAGGUGAACACGUUCCAGGCCGUGCUGGCAAACGACGGCCAAGUCACCUUCAUCAUGCUGAACUAUGGAAUGAUCCAGUGGACCACAGGCACGGCGAGUGGCGGAAACGCCACCACCGGCCUAGGGGGUAAACCCGCCCAGGCCGGGUUCAACAGCGGUGACAACAAAAACUUCUACAACAUCCCGGGUUCCCGCACGGAGGCUGUCCUCCGCAUCGGGCAGACGAGCAACGUCGGGGUUCCAGGGCGCUGGGUCUUCCAAGUGAAUGAUUUCAAGGUGACGGGGGUCCCCACCGAGAGCAGCAGCGACUGCUGGCUGUAG